UUUGAUUUAACACAAUAGAAAUGAAGUUUUAAUGAAAAAUUUAAUUACUUUUCUAAAUUAUAUUUCAAUUCAUUCUAAGUUAUAAUAAUAUUUUAAUGAAAUGUGUAAGAGAAUGAGAAACUAGAAAGAACUAUGUCUAGUCUUAUAUAUACAAAUGCACAUAAACGGAUAGCCAUUGUAACUGAGCUAAUAUUUUCCUGUUCUUCGAAGUCGAGGUCAUAAAUCUUUUACUUUUAUUAUAAUAGAAUAUAUUGAAUUGAUUAAAAAAUCUUCAGUUAAUAUAUAGUACCUCGUGGAAGGAAUAUUAAUGUAUUAAAUAAUAUAUUUAUUUUAGUAAAGAAAAGAAAAUCUAAACAAAUUAUUUAUAUAAAAAAAAAUUUGUCAAAGGAAUUGUUUAAGAUUAUGAAGGUCUCCUACAUUCAUAUUUAUACUACUUGUUUAUGACAUAAUAAAAAUGUCAUCUGGAUUGGUUUCUUCUACUUCACUAGGUAGCUAUGAGCUACCAAGUCCAUUAGGAGAUACAGUGGAAGAUAAUUCUAAUAAAUUUACAACAUAUUUGCAUCAACUUGCUGGAAUUAAUGAAAUGGAGGUUGAUGUGAUACUUAAGGAUCAUUCUUAUGCUCGUCCAUGGAAUUGGAAACCAGAAAAUAUUUAUGUUAAACCAAUAAAAAAAUUAUUUUUUCCAAAAAUUAAUUCAGCCAUACAAGAUGAAGAGGUUGAUGUAGAAAAAACUGAUGAUGAACAACCAGUUCCACCUUUAGAUUUAACAAGAACGCGACAUGUUAUGGAUGAAUUCCAACGAUUAGCAAAUUUUGCAAGACCAGAUGAUAAUGACGACUGGGAAGAAAAAAUAGACAAGUCAAUGUGGACAUCUUUACAAAGCCGGAUAUUUACUAAAGUCGUUAGAAUAUUGAAUUCUGAGCGACUUGCAAGAUUAGCAAAGUCAAAUGCUUCGGUAGAGCCAAUUUUCCGUCGUACAUCAGUAAAUACUACAGCAAGAAGAUUUAGAGAAACUUUAGCAUCAGCUGGUUGGGAUUGGAGACUAACUCAGUGGUUACAUAGUUUAUUAUUUGAUCAUCUUUCUCAAGAGUACUUAGCUAUUUAUCUUGAUAUUUUACAAACAUUGAGACUAAAAAUUCCGCAACUUGUGGAUAAAAUGAUAACAGUACAGCCAAAUAUUAAUGCAAAAAAUGGCUCAAUAACAUGGGAAACUCUUGGUUCUUUAUUAAAACGAACUUGGGAUCCAAUUGCUCCUACAUUAAAUAAUAACAGGCUUAAAAAACUCCCGGGAAAUCCGAUUUUAAUAAUAGCUCCAUCCAGUAUUGGUUCCAGUAUUUCUUCUCGUCAACAUAAAUGGAUUACACAGUUAGGAGCAUUAGGAAUGGUAGUCAAUGUGCAUACACAUAUAGGAUUAGCAGCUAACAGAAUGACAAUGAUGGUAUGCAUUGAUCAACUAAUUCAAGCUAUGCGAGCUAAAAUACAGGAUAUUAAAAGUGACUGCCCUGGCAGACCAAUAAUUCUUGUUGGUUUCAAUACUGGAGCAGCUUUGGCUUGUCAGGUGGCACAAAUGGAACAUGUAACUGCAGUAAUUUGCCUUGGUUUUCCUUUUUCUACUGUCGAGGGAAAACGAGGUUCACCUGAUGAUACGUUACUAGAUAUUCGUUGUCCUGUUAUGUUUAUUAUAGGACAAAAUGCUUCUUUGGUAAGACCUGAUGAUUUAGAAGAUCUUCGUGAAAAAAUGUUAGUCGAAACAAGUUUGGUAGUGAUUGGAACUGCAGAUGAUUAUCUACGAAUAUCGACUGCUAAGAAAAUAUCAGAGGGUAUUACACAAAGCAUGGUAGAUAGAUGUAUUUUAGAAGAAAUAGGCGAUUUUGUGGGAAGUAUUCUUUUACAGCCACAUCCUUUACCUUUGAGAUCUAUAUCAGUAACAAAUUAUGAAAAUAAAAAUAACAAAAAGGAAAAUCGUAAAAGAAGAAAUUCAACCAGUAGCUCUGUUGAGAGUGAACCAAAUUCUCCUACUUUAAAAAUAUCUCGACCAAAUACACCAGUUUCUACAGUAUCUAUUGGAUCUAGUACAUCUUUGACUCAAGUGACAAGAACUGGAUCUUUUAGUACUCAACCAACUCUAGUCACAGUGACUGGUCAACAUAUUAAUCAAAGUUCAACAAUAAGACGUAAAUCGCGAGUUAUUAGUAAUCCAAAAGCACAAUUUGUAGAACAUUUGAUAACUUCUAGAGUACCUGCACAGAAAACUACAAAUUCAACAAGUGGUGGUAUAACUUUAAACAUUGGUUCUUUAGCAAGUCUAGCACCAAUUGGACCAAUACGUUUAGGUUCAUCCGUUGAUCACACUAAUACAGUUAAGGCAAUUAAUACAUCCAAAUCUUCAAUUACAUCAAAUAAAAUUCCUAAAAUUAUAUCAUCGAAUAUACCACUUCAGAAUGUUCCUAAAAUGAAAGCUAUUGUUUCGACAAAUAAAACUUUUUCAAAAGUAAUAUCAAGUAAUUAUAGACACACUAAUAUCAUCGAUAAAAAUGGUGAUACAAAACUGAUUAAUGUCUUGACAACAGGAAAUCAGUCAAGGAUAAAUUCUUUAAGUACCGCAGGACACAGUAAAUCUACCAAUGGAGAAGUAAGUGGAACAUUGUCAACAUUGUUGCACAAUGGAAAAAGUUCUGCUACUACAGUAAAUGGUUCUCCUUCUUCCCGUAUAUCUUUAAGUUCAAGUAUAUUGUUAACACCUAACAUCUCUUCGACGACUAAUACAGCAGUUACAACAUCAACUGUUACAAAAGCAAUGGAAAACAGAGAAUCCUCCAACAGUUCUCAACAUGUGGCCCUUAAUCCUACUCAUAUGUGGGACAUACCUAAGAUCUCACAGUUAUCAUCACAAACAGUUUCAGUUUCUAUGAACAAAGAUUCUAUAAGUACAUUAGCUGGAAAUAGUACUGCAAUUAAUGAAAAUAUCCAAAAUACCAGAACUACAUCUUCAUCUGUAACAGCUCCAUUUAGCUUUCAUAAAACUGGAAAUAGUGUAGCUAUGCCUAGCCAAUUAAAAUUGUCUCAUAAUGUUACAAAAAUAAUGCCAAAAAUUACACUGAAUACAAAUAACUUACAAAGAAUCCAGAAAGGAAGAUCGCAGACAGCACUAAAGAAAAAUAUUGUUAAUGAUAUAGAUGAUGAUUUGGGAAAUAUAUUAGACAUACCAAUAAUAUUUGCAAAGGAUGAUGAUAGUUUAAACAAUGUUGAAAAAGUAUACACAUCUCAAACUGCAGAUUCUAAAGAAAAAUAUGUACCUAAAUUUAGUAAUACUACAAAAGUUGUUCUUAUAAGUAACAAGCAUGAUAAACUUCAGCAUACUUCUAAUAAAUUUGUAACUCCUACAACACAAACUAUUAUAUGUCCCAAUGUUCCUGUGCAAAAUAUGAACCACGUAAUAUUGCAAACACAAUCACAAAGUUCAGUAAUAAAGGCAAAAAGUAGACUUGGAUUACCUACACAGAAUCGUUCGAAUCAACCUACUAUUAAGUACACUAAAAUUAUUUUAGCAAAAAGAAAUAAUACACAAUCUUCUCAAGUUGAUAAAAAUGAACAAGUUUUACUAUCAAAAACUUCUCAGAGAUUAAAUAAACCAAAAGUAUGUAUUUUUGAAAAAAAUGAUCAUAAAUAUGCUCCACCUCAAAUAAAAUAUCAAGAAAAUAAUACCAAUGAUGUAGUUGAAAUUGAGGAUGCAAUAAAAACAAAUAUUAUAGAGAGAAAAUAUGUUACAAUACCUGAAAUCGAUCUCACAUCUCCAACUAAAUGCAAUGAAAGAGAAACUUCGAAUGAAAAUGAAGUAAAAUUUGAAAAUAAAGAACAUACUGAACAUGCUACAUUGAAUAGUACUACAGGACUGGAAACAUAAGGUACCUUACUAUAUCUUCACAUUGUCAUGUACUUUAAGAAGAUUAUUACCGACUUUAAAGCAUGUUAAUAAAACAAAUGCCUGCCUCAAAAAAGCGCUAAUAAGAGAUAUACAUUUUAGUGGAUACUAAAUUAAUAAAUAAGAAUAUAUAUAUAUAUACAUAUAUAUAUAAUUCAAAUAAUUAUUAUUGCAUUAAAAAACUUAUUCAUUUUUUACUUGUACAUAUGUACACUAAACAGACUAAAACAUACAUUACAGCAAAUUUUGCGUGAUUAUUUUUAUGCUAGUUAUAUUAAAAGAAUGUGAUAUAUCUUAUUGUUUAAAGCAGAAAUAUUAAUGCUAUACACAUGUAAUUAUAUUGAACAAACAUGCAGUUAAUAUCUAAAAAAGACAAAAAUGUAUACUUAAAAUUGAUAUUAAAGCUUUUACUGCAAAA